AUGGAAGAGGCGAAGAAGUUCUUGCCCACAAACUGUGAGCUGACAACCACCGGUGAGCAGGACCAACCGAAAGAGAAAAGUGGCAGCGGCCGCAAGGACUGGAGCGACGAGGUGGAGGCUGAUGUCAGUAGGACGAACAGAUUAGUCGAAGCUCAUGCCUGCGAGGUGUUAGACUUCGAUCAGAUGUGCAGUUCCAUGGACAAUGAGUCUGGGAACAGUAACAAGAAGGGGAGAAAGAGCAAGGCGCGGGUGAUUGACCUGUACACGCUGCUGAUCCACUGUGCCAAGGCGGUGACGGAUGACCGCCGGAGGGCAGGUGAGUUGCUCAUGGAGAUCCAGCAGCGCGCCUCACCCACUGGUGACGCCACACAGCGGCUUGCCUACUGGUUCACCGAGGGGCUGGAGGCACGGCUCACCGGCACAGGCAGCCAGUGGUCAGAACUUCUGCGCUGGCUGGCAGCAAGGGAUGGUGGCUCGCCAGAAGUCAGGAUCACCCACAUUGACCUCCCGCAGGCCGCAGCCCGGACUCCACCCAGGAAAACAUAUGGAGGAGAUCGGACCUUAAUGGAUGAGUGUGUCGUCAUAGGCAGCCCGAACCCCCGCGAUGUUGUCCUCACCAACAUCAGCAAGAUGAAACCGGACGUGUUUGUCCAAAGCACCGUGAAUGGUUCAAAUGGCACCUUCUUCUUGUCACGGUUCCGAGGGGCCCUCUUCUUUUACUCUGCACUGUUUGACAUGCUUGAUGCAACCAUGCCACGGGAGAGCAAACUGCGGCUGGCGCUGGAGCGCGACGUCUUUGGGUGGGUUGUCCUGAAUGCCAUCGCAUAUGAGGGAAAGGACCGGGUGGAGCGUGGUGAGACCUAUAAGCAUUGGCAAGUCAGAAACCAACGGGCAGGCCUGAGGCAGCUGCCACUGGACAAACAAACUGUUAAGAUGGCUAGGGACAUGGUAAAGAAUGAAUACCACAAGGACUUUGUCAUCGACGAGGAUCACCAAUGGCUACUGCAGGGGUGGAAGGGUCGCAUCCUCUUGGCUCACUCAACAUGGGAGGCAGACGGUGGUAGCUCCCACUGUUAA